AUCCUAAGAUAACAAUGUCUUGUUGUGACAAUUGUCUAAAGGAUGUCAACCGUCAGUAUUACUGUCGGAUUGACAUCAAACAGGUUGACCCCAACCCCAACCCCAACAACAGUAGCGGUGAUAUUAAAUAUCUGUUUUGUCGACACACCGGACCCGUCAAAGUCAAGAAUAUAUUCAGCGUAUGUGUCGAUGGAUAUAAUGAGACAAUUAUUAGUCUAGAGAUACGCAACAACAACAACACUAAUCAGUCAAACGAUACCAAUGAAUGGUUAACUAAAGAUCAUAUCAUAGAUUUUGCUGAUUAUAUCGACUAUACCGACGAACAGAAACGGACGGGUAGUAUUAGGCUUGAGAUACGUCCCAUUCAAGUGACAGUUAAUGUAUCGUUGGCUGGACUGAAACAAACACACAAAUCGGAUGCUAAUCAACAACAAUCACUAGUCGUACCCAUAAUUAUAUUGCCGAUACAGACACCAACUAUCGGUCAAUUGAAACAACAGUUAGCCCUGAAGUAUAUGUUUGAAACGGAAACCGUUUCACUGUAUUUGUCCGAUUCGGGCAAAACUCGACCGCAAGACAACCGCCAGCUAACCGAUGACCAACCCAUAGCUAAUGUCUGGUUUUAUGGCUAUUAUAGCCAAAGUGUUAUUAACAUUGUAUCGACAAAAAGUGUUAAAUAUUUGACUGAUGUUAUCAAUCGAUCAAAUGAUCUAAUCAUUGAAAAGAUGACAACAUUGUUAUCAACGGCUAAUGGCGGACAAAGUGUUAGCAAUCAAUCCGCUGAUGCUGUCAUUACAGCCAAUAACGAUUUAUUGUCUGCAAAGAUGACUGAAUUGUCCGCCACUUUAACGGACACAAUAAGACAAUGUUUUGCUGAACAAACCAAAACUAUAACCCAAGCCAUAACUCAAGCCAUCAUCACUGCUGCCAACAAAUACAACAACAGUGAUUUAAUAACUACCGGAAAACUGAUGGCAUGUCUGACAAAUCAAACCAAACAUUUUAUCAAUGCUCUGGCAGUUAGAGACAAAUAUUUGGCCGAUUUGUUGGCCGACGAAUCGGAAACCCAUAGCCAAUGGACUUGUAAUGAAUCGAUUGUCCGAAUCGAUGACGAUAUCAAUGUUAUAUUAGAUGACAAUCAAUCGAUUGAUAAUACAAUUAUCAGUCAAACGGUAUCGGAAUCGAUGGACAACAACAACACCGACAAUAACAACGACACGACUGAUGUCGUCGGUAUUGAUGAUAAUAAUAUCGAUAUAAGCAAUACAGAUAGUUUGAAUCAAAUAGGAUCUGCUUUAGAGACCAUCAUUAAUAAUGAUGAUGACGAUGACAGUCAAUUGAUCGACCAUUUAUUGGAUACCGAAGCUGUAGUAGUAGUGGUGGCGGCCGACCAGCAACAGGAGGACCAGGAGGAGGAGGAACAGUAGUUUUAGUUAUUAUUAUUAUUUUUUUUUAUAAAA